CAGUGUGGCGGUAUCAGUGGGACCGCACUCCUCCCAGCCGCCGGGGGGCGUUCGGUGUGGCGGUAUCAACGGGACCGCGCCCCCAGGCGACGCCGUGCGCGCUCUCGGUAUCUGCGCGCCGUUUGUGCGGAGGGUGGGGAAACCGCCAGCCUGUGAGUUAGCGUGGUUGUCCUUGUCUCCCUGUUUUUCCGGUGGAAAAGGCGCAGGGACGGUGGGGAUGAUCUGCCUGGCGUUGACCGCUUUUGCCUACUUGUUCCAGUCGGUAAUUACUGGGAUACAUGAGCGUACUUUCGUAGCUAUCAAACCAGAUGGAGUUCAGCGUCGUCUGGUUGGAGAAAUCAUACGGAGGUUUGAGCAGAAAGGAUUUAAACUGGUUGGAAUGAAAAUAUUGCAGGCUUCAGAAAACCUGCUAAAAGAUCAUUACAUUGACCUCAAAGACCGGCCUUUCUAUAAUGGAUUGGUGAAAUACAUGAGCUCUGGCCCUUUGGUCGCUAUGGUAUGGCAAGGACUGGAUGUUGUCAAAAUCACUCGGGCCAUGAUGGGAGAGACCAACCCUGCUGAUUCUGCACCAGGCACUAUCAGAGGAGACUUCUGUGUUGAAGUGGGCAGGAAUGUAAUCCAUGGUAGUGAUUCGGUGGCGAGUGCUGUACGGGAAAUCUCGCUCUGGUUUCAGCCAGAGGAGCUAAUCUGCUGGAACGACUGUGCUGCUGACUGGAUUUACGAGUAAACCAGUCCUUUGUGACUUCAAUCAGGAAGAAGCCCGUCAAUGCUGAAGUGCCAUCGUUAUAACAUGCAUGCCGUGACUGCACCAGAUCUCUGGACCACUGAAUUUUUCUUUCACUCUGCAAGUUCUGUCAAAAAUACAUUACUUCUGUGCAGGGAUUCAGCUGUAUUAAGCACAAGAAUCUUACUGAAAUUUACCAAGUAAAGGUGUAUUUUGGGUGAUUCUACAUCUGGACCAUGAGCUUGUCUUUCGUCUUCACGUAUGCUGAUCUCCUCUGUAUUUUUCACCAUUGUCUGUUUGACUUCUGUUCUUUUAAACUGAAUCUUUAACCUGUUACAGAAGUGACAUGGACACAGUAAUACUGAAGUGAGAGCCAUCCAACUUAACCAUGCUCAAGUGGAAAUCAAAAGGCAUUUAAAUCCCUGAUCGUGAAGGGAGAAACUAUAUGGCCUUGUGUCAUCAACUAUUUCAUCAUGUAGAAUAGGGAAAUAAUCUACAAAUCAAAUUCUAUUUGAACUUUUAGCCUGGUUACCAAACUUGUUUCAACUCGGUGUAAAGUACUAUUCAAUCAUUUUAUCAAUGUAUGAAAAUGCUAGAUUCCUUCACUCUUAAUUGAGCGUCCUGCACUAAGCAGGCUGUGUGCAAAAAAGUAAGUGGGUGGUAUUCCAUAAACAAGCCCGUUCUUCUGGAGACAGCAAUGUCUGAAUUAAAUGCAGGGAUCAUGUGAUUCUUGCUAUUUGAAAUUAAUAGUGCUUUAGACUAUUUUUAAUGCACUCUAUCAUUGCUGUUUAAAAACACAUGGGUUGGGUGUAAUGAAUGAUCAUUCAGAUUGAUUGGAAUGUUCACGAUCUGGUGGAGUAUUUAUUUUUAUCUCUAUCUAGUCAUUACUGAAAUAUUGAUAUUUGGUGCUGUAAAAUUGGCUUAAAUUCAUUGUAAUAAGCAGGACACUACCUCUGGUCCAGCUGCCUAAAAGUAUUGUCACAGUUGUUAUAGUGUGCGCACGCCAGCUCUUCAAUGAAUGUUAUAGCUAAAUGCGAAUCUCCUGCCUUUUCCCUGUACACUAUUUCUACUUAAACGGAAACAUCAAAUGUCCCAGUACAACCUGCCUCCACCACGCUUCUAUUCCAGAGAAAAAGUUUUUUCUCACCUCAUAUUUGCUUCUUUUGAAAAUCACUUCAAAUCUGUCCCCCUCAUUCUUGAUCCUUUUGAGCAGGAAAGGCUUUUCCCCAUCUCCUGUGUAAAUGCGCAGGAGAUUCUCUCCUAACACAUGGUAACCACCUUGUGUAGGUUAGUCUGGUAAUUGUUAGAGCAGCAAGUAAAAUGGGGUAAGCAAUUCAGAUGGGAGGAGGAAAAAAAUGUUUCAUCUAUUCCUAGCAUCCAUUUUAAUUGACACUUUUGUAUUUUUCUGUUCGUGGAUCUGUUGAAUUGUCAGCGUGUCCAAAAUAAGCAGAUUUAUUUGUCAGCUCAAGUUUGCAUGAAUCAUGAUUUCUGUAUCAGGAAACUUCAAAGCAAAUAUAAAACUUAUAGUAUCAGCA